CAGUUAUAGAAGAUAGGUUUUUUUGGGUGUUGCACAAUGUAAAUUAAUUUUUACAAUAAGUAAGUACGAGACCGUAAGCGUAUGUGUGCAAAUAUAAACGCUCGAUAAGUAAUUUAUCUAAAACAGAACAUGACGUUAUUGCAAAAUAUGGCCCCAAAAAAAAUUAAACCUAAUAAAAGGGAUGUGGAUUCGGAAGAAGACGAAGAUGAAUACCGUAAGAAGAGGGAUAGAAAUAAUUUGGCUGUAAAACGAAGCAGGCAAAAAUCGAAAGUGAAGACAAUGGAAACUUUGACUCGAGUAAAUGCUUUAAAGAAUGAAAAUACAAUAUUACAGGAAAAGGUGAAUACAUUGACAAAAGAAUUAGGGUUUUUAAAAGAAUUGUUUUUGGCGCAUGCUGGUACUACAGAUAAAUCAAAGUUUUCCGAUAUUGAUUUGCAAACAUUGCUAGCAGAUGAUGCGGAUGGUGAGAGUUCCAAGUGAUACAAAGAUAACAAUAUAAAUUCAGUGUGUGAUAGCGUAAGAUUUUCAUUAAUGAUUUUUAAUUAAAUUACAGAACAGUACUCGUUAUUUUGUAUAUUGUUUACAUUACAAUCGUCAAUAUUAAUUAUGUUGUAAAUGUAUUGGAAAAAUUAAAAUAAGAUUUUUAUAAGUUAA